AAGGAGCCACUCUGCGGUAACCCGAGCCCGCAGUCCGGGCGGGCGCGACGGCCGCGGCGGUAGCUGGAGCCUCCGCGACUGCACCUCCAAGCGGCCCAGAACCCGCGGCUUCCCUGGCUCCCGCGAGCAUCUCACGGGGCGGCACUGGCCAGCGCCAGCCCUCGGGCCGGCCCGGAUGACCAGAAGCCUGUAGAUACCGCCGCCCUCUCCCGGCUCGGCGCAGCCGCCGCCCGCGCGCGACUCGCCCCGGGACACGGCACAGGUUGAAGAAAUAUGGAGAUCAACACAAAACUGUUCAUCAGUGUUAUUUGUACCAGCUUUUUCACCUUUCAACUUCUUUUCUACUUUGUAAGUUACUGGUUUUCAGCAAAAGUUUCUCCAGGUUUCAAUAGUCUCAGCUUCGAAAAGAAGAUUGAAUGGAACUCAAGGGUAGUAUCCACAUGCCAUUCUUUGGUGGUUGGUAUUUUUGGCCUGUACAUUUUCUUAUUUGAUGAGCCUACUAAAACUGAUCCACUUUGGGGUGGUCCAUCACUUGCAAACGUGAAUAUUGCUAUUGCCUCAGGCUACCUCAUUUCUGAUUUGUCCAUUAUGAUUUUGUAUUGGAAAGUGAUUGGUGACAAAUUUUUUAUAAUACAUCAUUGUGCGUCCCUGUAUGCAUACUACCUUGUACUGAAAAAUGGAGUGCUGGUAUACAUUGGGAAUUAUCGCCUGCUUGCAGAGCUUUCCAGCCCUUUUGUGAAUCAGCGGUGGUUCUUUGAAGCUCUGAAGUAUCCCAAGUUUUCUAAAGCUAUCGUUAUCAAUGGAAUACUCAUGACAGUAGUAUUCUUCAUCGUGCGGAUUGCCUCAAUGCUUCCUCAUUAUGGCUUCAUGUAUUCCGUGUAUGGAACAGAACCCUACAAAAGGCUUGGAGUUUUAAUCCAGUUAUCCUGGGUCAUUAGUUGUGUUGUUUUGGAUGUGAUGAAUGUCAUGUGGAUGAUCAAAAUUUCAAAAGGUUGCAUCAAAGUCAUCUCUCACAUCAAACAAGAGAAAGCCAAAAAUAGUCUUCAGAAUGGAAAACUUGAUUAAAGGAGUGCUACCGAUAAGCAAACUUCGUUACUACCCAGUAUUAUAUCUGCUGAUAGGGUGAAUUCUUGGCAUGUUCUUGUGUAUCUUUAUUAAUUAUAAUUGUUAUUCAGGAUUUCAGUGUCAUUUUUUUUAACCUUUAGAAAAGAGAAGGCCGGGCGCGGUGGCUCAUGCCUGUAAUCCCAGCACUUUGGGAGGCCAAGGUGGGUGGAUCACUGUGGUCAGGAGUUCGAGACUAGCUUGGCCAACAUGGUGAAACCCCAUCUUUACUAAAAAUACAAAAAAAUUAGCUGGGCGUGGUGGUUGGUGCCUGUAAUCCCAGCUACUUGGGAGGCUGAGGCAGGAGAAUCGCUUGAACCCGGGAGAUGGAGGUUGCAGUGAGCCGAGAUUGUGCCACUGCACUCCAGCCUGAGUGACAGAGCAAGACUCCGUCUCAAAAAAAAAAAAAGAGAAACUGAAAUUAAAAUUAAGUUUUCAUCCCAAGAUGUCUUUUCUGCCUUUCUUUUGCCUUAUUUAUAAGCAUGGAUAAAAAUCUUAAAGGUUUAAAUAAAAAUGAUCAAUAUAAUGGUGAAUCUUUUGAGAAAUCUCUUAACUGCAUUGGUAUUUUUCUCUGUGAAAGAUGACUAUGAUAAUCUGGUACAAAUGGUUUUAUGUCACCAAUUUUGCUGAAAGAAUGGGAACUGCUUUUAAAUCUGUAAAUAGCUCUUAACAUUUGUUGUAUGCACUCUUUUCUUACUAUGGCUGUCAACACUUGUGUAGGGUUUACUUUCUAAAUUGUUGGCAUGUUCUUUUUCUCAGGCUAUUCAGAAGUAACAACAUUUUUCAUUUCAGACAUGCAAUCACCUAUUAAUGAUGAAAUAUUUUACCACUUUGGGAAUAUUUAUUUAGUCAUGGAGAAUACGUCCCACAUUUUAAGAUUUCUCAAAUAUCACUGUCUUAUUUCUAUUUUAGCAUUUUAUCAAAUUAUUGCUUUUUUAUUUUAUAGUAAGGCUUAAGACAGAUUAUAGACCUCCUUAAGAGAUGAAUUUCUUCUUCUAAAAAUGCAUGUCGAUAGAGGACUAUUUAGGCUAAUAGGAGGAAUCAUUAAGAAAAAAAGCUUUAUUAUCCCUAUCUGCUUUCCUUGCAUUUUUUCUGUGAAAAAUAUUUUCUGUUUGCAAAAUCUUCCCUGAGUUCUGAACCCAGCACCAUCAGUACCAAAGUCUUAUGCUAUGUGUAUUUAUUAUGCUCCUGAAAUAGGCCUCUUCUUGAUGAGACCCAAACUAUUACAAAAAAAUCAGUGUUCAUAUUUUACUCACAAUUCAUACCCGUGCUUACUUAGUUGGCAUUUUAAUGCUUUGAAUUUCUGUCUAUCUUAAAGCACAGAAAAAAAAGAAGGUAAUUUAAUCCAAGUAUUCUAUCAUCAAAAUUAUUGUCUGAUUAUAUGAAGAUAGAUGACUGGUGACUCUGGUUGUGUGUGUAUGUGUUUUGCUUUUACUUUGAUUCUUGCAAUCCAAAUAUAGAAUUAUAUAUUUAUCUAUUACUGCCUUUAUUUAUUUUUUAAGCACUUGAGUUUAAUGAUUAUUCUUACCUGAGAAAGGAAGAAAUUUAAUUCUACCAGUGGUGAAUACUUGAAAUUAAUUGAACUCAUGCCAAAAGAUGUAAUCCAUUCAGUUUCGCGGUUUGAAGGAGAAUGUUUGACUGACUUUCAUUGUUCAUGCUAGCUGAAUAUAAUCAAGACUUUUGAUUUCAUUUGAUUAUUCAAUGCAGAUAGAGCCUGUUAAGUUUUAGAACAUUUAAAGAAGAUUGAAAUCUCAGUCAAUAACUAAGUGAUAAAAUGAGACUGACUGACUUAUACUAGGUACAUUUAUUUUUGAAAGAAUUAAUGUAAAAUAAUAGUUAUUUUUAAAGCAGCUAAUACUACACUGAUAAUUUGUUGCUAAAUUUAAUGCUGUCAACACCAUAGGUGCUUAAAUAUGUACUGGUUAACUAGAGGGGGGUAGGAAAGCAAGUGAUUUUAUCUUGUUCUUACCUUUUUGCAGGAAAAGUGGCUUUAAAAAAUUUAUAUAAUAAAAAUAUUUUGGAAAUUCUUUCUUUUAGAAAGAUAUCUUGAGAUAAAUAUUUUUUGACUCUGGAUAUUUCUCUAGUUCUGAACACAGAUUUUAAACCCACUAUCAAAAUGAAGACAGUAUAAAGCUAUAAUAUUAGUGAGUCUCUGUGUAGCAGUUUGUUUUUAUAGUUACUAUUCCAUGCUUAAAACUUCAUUCUUACUUUCAUUAAUGUUACCCUUCACUGGUAUAGCCACUCACUAAAUAAGUAUAUUUACAAUAUCAAAAUUUUGAACUAAAGUUUGUGAUUCCCUUAUUCAGCAAUCCUUAUCUUAUGCUGGCUGCAUGACAGUUAAUUCAACAUCUGGAUUAAAUACCCUAAAGUAGCUUCUAUAUUUCCUCAUACAACAGACGUGGAAUGGAAGUGCCACUAGAAACUGCCCUGCUACUUUAAGUCUGACCUUUGCAGGAGGUACACUUUGCUGUUCUAUGAUUGUAUUCACCUACCUAAAAUACAAAUGAAGACAGAACAUAUCAUUUACUACACAAUGAAUUUUUCAUUUAUUAAAUGAAAAACGUUUGCUAGACAUUUUAAAUAUUCAGUAUUUUGACUACACAGAUUAAAUGAUUCUAUCAGGCAUUCUGAUAUUUAACAACUCUAUUAAAAUAUUUAUAGAAAAAUAAAAGCAAAUCGAUAAAAGUUUUGAGCAAUUCUAUUUUUAUAGAAAAAAAUGACAACCUGUAAUUAUAAAGAUGUUUUUUGAAUGUGUAGUAUCCUAGACAAUAAAAGUUCUUGUGAAACUUAAAAAUGAAUAAAAACCAACUAAUAGCAUGCAAGAUCAUAGAUCCUGCAUUAAAUUUUUAUUUGCGAAAAUUUGAAAAUUAUAAGCUUUAACUUACAAAGUUUGCCUUCUUGGUCUAAAGUCUUUUAAAGGAUUAUUUGCAUUUAUGUAAAACUCAAAAUGAAGUUAUAUAUGAGUGCAAAGAAAUUAACUUCUGCUCAAAUAUGUGUUGAUACCCUACAGUAAGUUGAAUUAAGUUUUUAUCCAACUAUUUGAUUUUGUUAUUUCAUGGACUAGCCUUAUGUUAAGUGAAAUAAUAGUUAUGUUGUUACCACCCCUAAGAGUGACUCUCAUAUAUUAUGGAUGACCCAGGACUGUCUUAAAGGUCUAGUUUUAAAAACUGUCUAGUUUGUAAGUAUUUGAAUCCAGUUUCUUUUCUAAAUUUUAAUAAUUUGACUCAAAAUUUUUGCUACAGGGUCAACUUUUAAAUUGUAUACUUCCUCUGAGGCACACUGGGCAUUCGGAGAAUGGUUCUUCACUGGUGUUGAGAGCCAGGUUUACUAUUGGUUGCACCAUCUGUUAUCAGGCAUGCAGAAACAUUUUUCUUCUGGAGAAACAGAGGGGAAAGUGUUGUUAUAGUGUACAUGUUUUGUCUGUGUCAUUUUUUAAGGGAAAUAAACAUGUUCCAAAAGAUGCUGUUAAAAUAAAUAUUUGAACACGU